CGAGCAGUGUUUGAUUAAACCCUUGUAGUUGUUCGUCUGUGGAGGUUGUUGCUGAAAAUGAAUUCUGUGGCGUUGAGACUUGCGAAGCAUCUUCGAGUGUGUUCUCUAACCUCCUCCUCCCACGCUGGUGUUCCCAGAUGCGGAACGUUAAAGUACACAACAUCACUACCUGAUAGUGAUGGUGAUCAUCCUUCACAUAAUAAUGGUGGAACAAAGAACGAAGAGUUGGAUGAAGAAAUUGAUGAUUUUCUUGGUAGCAAGCCCGAGCUACAACUCCAAGGUGUGGAUCCCAAGAGGGGUUGGGGAUUUCGGGGUGUACACAAGGCAAUUAUUUGUGGAAAAGUUGGCCAAGCCCCUGUACAAAAGAUGUUAAGGAAUGGGAAGAAUGUAACCAUCUUUACAGUUGGGACAGGGGGGAUGUAUGACCAGAGAAUUGUCGGUGCAAAUGAUUUGCCAAAACCUGCUCAAUGGCAUCGGAUUGCAGUGCAUAAUGAUGUACUGGGGACCUAUGCAGUACAGAAACUUUUUAAAAACUCUUCAGUUUAUGUUGAGGGUGAUAUUGAGACUAGAGUCUAUAAUGAUAGCAUCAAUGGUAAUGUUAAAAACAUUCCAGAGAUAUGUGUUCGUCGCGAUGGGAAAAUUCGCCUCAUAAAGAGUGGAGAGAGUGUUGAUAAAACCUCCUUGGAUGAGUUGCGAGAAGAGUUGUUUUAGAAGAAAUCUGCCCAUCUAAUGGAAGCAUUUACUUCUGUAAGAAUCGUAGCUUUGUCGUGAGUAGCAGCAUUUGUAAUGAACACCAUAAUGAAUGCUUUGUUUGUUUUAUUAUAUUUUCAUAUAUAUCCUUUAGCAUUCUGAAUUUCAGUGUCCCAUAUUCAUUUCUUAUAUGGAAGCGGUGUAGAAGAACUUAUUUUUGGUGUAGAGUUCAAAUCCUGUAAUUUGGAUAAGAAUAUGAUACCA